AUGCUGUCCGCUCGGGCUCUCCAGUUUGUUCGUUCUUAUGUAUCCCACCUUGUACGAAGCUAUACUGAAGCCGCACCUAGUGGGACGUCGGCCAUGAGCUUCACAUUCGCCUCCCCUAGCCAGGUCUUUUACAAUGGAUUCAACGUGAAACAAGUGGAUCUUCCUACAACUAUGGGAAUAUUUGGUAUCCUAGCAAGUCAUCUCCCAACAUUGCAAGUUCUCAGACCCGAACUUGUCACAGUGUUUAGUGAUGAUGGAUCUGAAACCAAGUACUUUGUGAGCAGCGGGUAUGUGACAGUGAAUGCCGAUUUCUCUGUACAGUUGCUGGCUGAGGAAGCAGUAAAACUGGACAUUUUGGAUACAAGCACUGCAAGGUCAAACCUGGAAAAAGCACAGGCAGUGUUGCAGCAAGCGGGAGAUGAAGUAGCAAAAGCAGAAGCUCUGGUUAAUGUGGAGGCAUGUGAAGCCAUUGUUAAAGCCCUGUAAUAAAAGCUGGAAUUGUAUAUC